AUGAAGCAAGAGAAGAUGGAGGCCGCUGAACGGACCCGAUAUAAGAAAAGGGUUCGCCAACGGAGACGCCAUGAGGCGUUGAAUCUUUACAAGUUGGCCCAAGAUCGCCAGAACGAGCUGGCAGAUCAAUACAAGGCUAAAGCUCGGCAAAGGUUUGGUGGUGCGCCACACCCUACCUGGAAGCCACCACAGCGCCAUCAGUGGGUUGUCGACCGCCUGAGAGCUGGCAAAAGGACCCAGGAGUGGCUGUCUUGGCGAGAGAGUAUGGCUAGCCUUGCAGAAGAAACUGCCAUCUACGCCAUCGAGUAA